AUGACAUCCGAAGCAACGAUCCCGGACAGCGAAAAAGUGCGAAUUGUCUCUGAUUUUCUACAACAUGCUCCACCUGGUGAAUUCAAUGAGGUUUUUAAUGCUGUUCGUAUGUUAUUGAACAAUGACCAACUGCUAAAGGAAGGAUGUGCGCAGGCUAUUACGAAAUACAAUGAGAGUCAAUUCGCUCCAGUGAAGUUAGAAGGAGUUGAGAAACAGACUCUUGUGACGCCGUUCAACGAUAUUGGUGGCGGUCGUUACGUAGAUGAUGCGUCAAAGAAGUCUUCAAGUAUGAUCACCUUCGCAAGGAAGCUACUGAUAAUCACGCUCAUCACAGCUGACAUCGGAGUGCUUCGGAAUCGUGGCGCGAUGCUUUGCAAAAGGAAUUAG